CUCAAAUCUUUGGAAUAUAGAAAGUGAAAGUAAUUAUUUUCUGCAACAAAAAAAAGGACUUGGAAAAAUGGAGCUGAGAAUAUUCUUGUUGAUUGUUUUGUCGUAUCAAACAAGUGCACGUCUGGAAUUGACUGUUCAUCCUCAGACUGCUAAACAAGGAACCAAUAUCCUAAUCCCUUGUAAAUUUGAUGUGGGUAAACCUGUAGACACACAAUUUCUGGCAAUAAUUUGGUACUUUCAAGGAAAGGAGAUCUUGAGCUAUGAUGAUGUUGUUAGGACAUCACAUCCUAGGGUGUCCUUAAACACAAAUCUGAUAACAUCUGGGGUUGCUUCUCUGUCACUUUCCAAUGUGCAAAUAUCUGACAAUGGAAUCUACAAGUGUUUAGUGGUUUAUAGUCCAGAACAAAAGGAGAAGGAAGUCAAAGUUGAUGUUAAUGCUCCUCCAACAAUCACAAUCACAAAUAAUGUUGUUGUAAAGAAUAAAGAGAGUUCACUGAACAGCACAAUCACUGGGUUCUAUCCCAGUGACAUUAAUAUUGAAUGGCUCAGAGAUAAAGAUGUCCUGGAACCUGCUUUUCAUACUGCAGCCCAACGAAAUACUGAUGGGACGUACUCAGUGAACAGUACUGUCACAAUAACUCCCACCGAAGAAAACAACAAUCAGAUCUACUCUAUCAUGGUCCAACACGCAUCUCUUCAUGAACCUCUGCAGAAAGAUUUCCACCUUGUCUAUGGAGAAAAUCAAAUAUUUCCUACAACAACUGUGAUAUUUGUGCUUGUGGGCAUCUUCAUUACUGCUCCUUUGGUGAUUGGGGUUACUUAUUUCAUACUAAAAUGCAAAAAAAAAGGUCAGACAGGAACUGUAAACAAGCCUUUGAUAAAGAGGAAAAAAAAAACAAAUCAAGAUCCUAAAGCCCCAGAAGUUGAAGAAAUAAAAAUACCCGAGCUGAUAAUAAAUACUGAAGCAGAGUUUAAAUAUUCUAAAGCCCCAGAAGUUGAAGAAAUAGAAAUACCCGAGCUGAUAAUAAAUACUGAAGCUGAGUUUAAAUGUAAAUGCUCUAAUUAUUUCCCAAAUGAUCUGCAAGUGGAAUGGCGCCAAAAAAAGGGAGGAAGAGACUUUAUUCGUGUUAAUUUAGGAAACUGCAGAAUUCCUGUUAUUGAACCAAUAGAGCAGCCUAAUGGCGCAUUCACAUGUACUGCAAUAUUAGGUUUUACUCCACCCGAGAACUCAGAGGAAGAACUUGAUUUCAUGUGCACAGUGACACAUUCUGCUCUGAAACUGUCAAUUAUAAAAACCACAGGACCCCUUACAAUUCUAGAUGCAAUGAGAAGAACUAUGAAUAAAAAUAUUCCAAUAUCAGCAGAAAAAAAGGAACCAAUAGGAAGGACAGAAACUAUAGAGCAAAAGAGUACAAGGCUAGGAGAAGUUUUAGUGCCAAAAGGACCUUCUAGUGAGUGGAAUAAUAUAUCAUCAUCAGAAAGUCAUUCAAGUGUGGAGACUGCUGAAUCAGAAACAAGAGAAGCUUCCAAACAGAAGACUGAAGACACAGCACCAGAAAAUUAUAAAAGUAUGGAUAUUGCUUACGCAAAAACAAGAGAAGCUUCUAAUGAGAAGAGUGAUGACUUGGUUGAGGAAUCAGAAACAAGAGAAGCUUCUAAACAGAAGACUGAUGACUCAGCUGACGAAUCAGAAACAAGAGAAGCUUCUAAUGAGAAGAAUGAUGGCUCAGUUGAGGAAUCAGAAACAAGAGAAGCUUAUAAUGAGAAGAAUGAUGGCUCAGUUGAGGAAUCAGAAACAAGAGAAGCUUCUAAUGAGAAGAAUAAUGCCUCAGUUAAGGAAACAAUAACAAGAGAAGCUUCUAAAAAUAAGAGUGAUGACUCAGUUAAUAAAUCAGAAUCAGGAGAAGAUUCAAAUCUGAAGAGUGAUGGCUCAGUUGAGGAAUUAGAAACAAGAGACGCUUCUAAAAAGAAGAGUGAUGACUCAGUUAAGGAAUCAGAAUCAGGAGAAGGUUCAAAUCUGAAGAGUGAUGGCUCAGUUGAGGAAUUAAAAACAAGAGAAGAUUCUAAUAAGAAGAGUGAUGGAUCAGUUGAGGAAUCAGAAUCAGGAGAAGGUUCUAAUCAGAAGAGAAAUGGCUCAGUUGAGGAAUCAGAAUCAGGUGAAGGUUCUAAACAGAAGAGAAAUGGCUCAGUUGAGGAAUCAGAAACAAGAGAAGCUUCUAAACAGAAGAGUGAUUCCCCAGCAUCAGACAGGCAUUCUAAUAUGGAGUUUGCUGAGUCAAAACAUGUAGAAGAUCCUAAUCAACCAUUGGGAACUUGAUUCAUCUACUUAGGACAGUGUCAGACCAGCAGUUUAAGGGCCUACUUGUUUGAAAAAACAAGUGUUAAAUUGUCACCACAAGGUCCUUUUAGUAAAGAAACUGUGCAAUCAGCAGCAAUAGGACUUUUUAUCAAUGAAAAUGACAAAUCAGCAGCCUGGGUCCCCACAAGAUCUGACAAUGUGCUGUGCACAGGGAAACAGAAGAACAGGAAUGUUUCCUGAUGCAACAUCAGGCUAAGUUACAAUUACUAACCAACCAAACAACUUAAAAAAACAAUAAGACAAAAAGAAAUAGAAGGGUGCUGUUGACCUCUGCUUGUUCUUCAAAUGUACAUUUUAUUUGGGUAAAUGUAUUCAACUCUCUAUGCAAUUUAGUUCAUAAAGGAGAAUUAAUUAAAUUGAUGUAUAAGAAAAAUAAUAAUGUAUGCCCAUCUGUAAUGAAUUAAAAGGUCAAUUUUCUGUAGCUGGUGUGCUAAAAACUUUUGUUUUUUCAAGAAGGAAUGCACUGUGUAUGUUUCCCCUUUGAUAAUCCAGAACCCCCCUAAAAAAUAAGCUUGUCUGAUGCAAAAGAGAGAAUUUUAUUGCCACAACCUGUCAGCACCGGCAUUGAUGAAACACAGGGUCUUUUUUCAAGGACCUAAGGAAUAAUGCCUCAGAAACAUAAAGAAUGCAAUAUGUAUGUGUUUGGUAUCAAAAUACUCCUCACAACAUCACUAAAAUAUUGCCUUUCUGUGUAUAUGAAGUAGAUGUACAUAGCAGAAGUUAUAAGGUGUUCUAUAAUUUAAGCCAAAGUUGCUGAGCUUUAUGACCCGUAGUAAAAGAGAAGGGUAGAUAUUUCCCUAGCCCCCUCUGCAAAAAGGUUAGAUCAAGCAAUUUGAUAUCAUGGAAACAAGUAAAUGUUGUGCUUAAAAAUUCAAGUUGUUCAUUUUACUUGGGAGGCUGCUACAGCGUGAGUAACCAUUUAUCUUGCCCAUCUCCCUUGCUAGGAAAGUAUUAGGUCUGUUAUUUCUCCUUUUUAUUUUAAAACUUUGCUCGUGUAUAACUCUAUUUGUUAACAUCUUUUUAUUAAUAAUACAAUGUGCUCAACUUUUCGCAUAAUAAAUCAUCCACUUAUUA